UUCCUUCUUGUUUUUGGCGCCGAGAGAUAAAUAUCUGAGAGAAGAAGGCGAGGGAGGAGGGCAGUCAUGUUGAACCAAACGGUAGGAAGAACAAGUAUCCUCAACUGUGUUCCCAAAACCCCUCUCUUCAAAACCCAAACCCUCUCUUUGUCGCCAUGCCCAAACCCCUUCUUCUGUUCUCUGCCACAACCCAAGACCCAGUUGAGAUGCUCUAUCCUCUGCAACUACAACAAUGACCACCACAACCAGGCUGUAUCAUACCCUAGACCCUCAGAGGUACCGUGGAAGAAGGAGCUCUGCAACUCCGUCAGCCUCAUCGGCAUCGUCGGAGCUCCGGUUGAGAUUAAGCAUCUCAGCUCCGGUAAGGUCCUGGCCUGGACUCGUCUCGCCGUCAGGAAAUCCGCCUCCGACACCACCUGGAUCAAUUUGACAUUCUGGGAUGAGCUGGCACAUGUUGCUUCUCAACAUGUUGAGAAAGGCCAACAAAUCUAUGUUUCUGGUCGGUUAGUUUCAGAUACAGUUGAAAAUGAUGAGGGAAAACAGCAGACAUACUACAAGGUGGUUGUUCAGCAACUGAAUUUUGUUGAGAGAAGCUUCUCAUCAGCGGACGAGUCUAAUUCCUUAGCUGCAGGUAGAAAGCUUGGAAGUCCUGCUACCAAUAGUACAGGGUCCAUCGAAGAACUGUGGCAAGCCUUCUUUGCUAAUCCUGUAGAUUGGUGGGAUAACAGGAAAACCAAGAAAAACCCAAAAUAUCCUGAUUUCAAGCACAAAGAUACUGGGGAAGCUUUGUGGGUUGAAGGCAGGUACAAUCCAUCAUGGGUGAAAUCUCAACUGGCAAUACUGGACUCAAGAAUGGAGUCUUUUCGUGAUCAGGAUGCUAGAAUGCAUGUAAAUCUUAUGGCUGGUGAUGAUUUCAUGCCUUUCUAGCUCAUGUUGCUGAUGUCGGAUUUGGUAUCAUCAAUAUAUUUCUUUGUAUAGUUAUGGUUUCUUUCUUUCUUUUUCUUUUUUUUCUUUUUUUUUCUUUUUUUUUCUUUUUUUUUUCAUUUUUUUGUUCCUUUUUUGGGUCAGAGAUGAUUAUGAAGAAUCUCAAUUGGCUUUUUUUUGUAGCAUGUACUGUGUACUGUGGAAUUUAUUUUGUGUUCUGGUUGCAUGUUGCUCCUACCUUUAUUUGGGUCUUUAAAUCUUCUGGAAUUUUAAUCAAUCAUAUUCACAAUUGAAAA